AUGGGGUUGUUUCGGAUCUUUGAAAAACGGAUUGCAGAGGAUGGAUCUAUGGAUAGAGGAUCAGAGUGUGAAGAAAUGAACAGCCAACCUCGGACCCCAGACAGGGCUUCAUCGGACGGCUCAAAUGUCAAGACCUGUGUUGAUUGUGGCACCUCAAAGACACCACUAUGGAGGGGCGGCCCGGCUGGACCCAAGUCUCUGUGCAACGCAUGUGGGAUAAGGAGCAGGAAGAAGAGAAGGGCUCUAAUGGGCGUCGCUAAAGACGAGAAGAAAAUGAAGAAGUCGCCCAAAAGCACAACUAGCAGCGGCAGCAGUUGUACCGGCAGCAGUGGGGAUAGUACCCUGAAGAUUAGGGAUUCAUUUAACAGGAAAUUGUGGGCUUUCGGCGGGGACGUGGCUCUGCAGAGACCGAGAUCGAACACUCACAGGAGAAGGAAACUGGGAGAGGAAGAACAAGCGGCGUUUCUUUUGAUGGCUUUGUCUUGUGGAUCGGUUUAUGCCUAG